UGAUCAAACAAGACCAACUAAUUUAUGCUAAUGCUCUAAUGCUGAUCUGUCUUGUCAGGACCUCGGAUAGCAUUCUUGAAAAGGAGAAAUAUAGGCUAUCCCUGUUGUUACAUCCAGAACGGGAGAAAAAUCAACGAUUUCUUAAGAAGUAUUAUCUGCUUAGGGAAAGAAUUAAGCAACUUACUGAUAAAUUAAUCGCUAGAAUCAACUCAGAUUGGGUCAUGAUCCAUCUCAAGAACUUACCUGGUAUGAACAAAGUUAAGAGCAUCAUUAAGGAAAUAUGAGUGAGGCUUGGAAGAAUGUCAACAUAUGAUAACUUUAGUUAUGGAAAUCAGAUCAUUCUUAUAAAAUUCUGUGCUCCAAAUGUGAAAGGGAAUGGCUCUAAAAGCAGAUAUUACUCUAUCUUCGAAACCUUAAAAUUCUACUUAAAAUUGAUCCAGAGUAAUGAAGGUUUGAAAGGAAUCUCCCAGAUAUCUUUCAGGAUUGGGCAGACUUUUUAAGGUUGCUUAAAUAUCAUUUUUCCAUAAUGGCACAA